CCCGAGCCGGGCUUUGUGACGCCGGCGCAGGAGAGCACGUCCUUGCUCGCGUACUGCGACAUGGACUCGGAGGGCAACUACAAGUGCCGGCUUUGCGACACGGGCGUCAUGAGCAUGCUCCUCUUCCAGGGACAUCUCAUGACGGCGGCUCACCAGGGCCGCCUGAAGUGGUUUUUGAAGGAGAAGAAGAAGGAGGCGGCUGCAACAGCCCAAGCGUCUUCCUCAGCUGCACCUGCCGAGGGUGCGGCGUCGAAGGCCAAAAGUGCGCCGAAGAAGCGCGAGCAGGAGGCGGUGAAGGAAGAGGAGCCGCAGCCCAAGACGGUGAAGAUGGAUGUUGAGCCCAAGGUGGAGGGUGGAACUGGAGCGGCGGCUGCAACAGCCAAGGAAGAGACAGAGCAGGCCACGGCAACGGCGGUGGAGGAAGCUGCGGGCGAGGUCCAGGAGAAGCCCCUGAAGGAGCAGGCCAUGGAGGUGGAUGCAAAGGUGGAGGCCAUGGAGGUGGAUACGAAGGUGGAGGCGGCAGUGGAGGUGGAGGCGGCAGUGGAGGCGGAGGAGACGGCUGCAACAGCCUUGUGUUUGGAGCCCGGGGAGCACAUCGCGUACUUCGUGACCGAGAAUGGCUUGGAGAAGGUCAAGUAUCGCGUGAGCGGUGUCGGGGCCACAACCAUCGUGGUUCUGCCUGGCACCGGGCGGCCGUACAUGUUGCAGCCAGAGCUUUUGCUGAAUGAGUACAAGGAGAAGAACCUGCGCAUCGUGGAGCCGGCGAACGUGGAGGGAGGAAAAAAAGGCAAAAAGUGGAAGCUCGACCCGCCCAAGUUGCUCGCAACGUUCGUGCACAAGGCUGGCGCCGCCUACGUUGCAGGAUUCUCCCGGGGGGCUUUUUGGAUCAGCCUUUUGGUGGCAGGGCUGUGCGAUGACGGCGCCGUCCUGCUAGACGAGAAGGAGGCAUCGGCUGAGACGGCUGCAGCAGCCCAAAUCCCCCAGUGCAGCGAGUUUGACCCUGGCCAUUUGGAGGGCGCGCUUCUGGCGGGCUGGUACAAGAAGCCGUCCUUCAGCGAGUGCGACCUGGAGGACUUAGCGCAGCGCCUGGAGCCACCCUCCUUGUUCGUGCAAAGCACAGCCGCUGGGCAAGUUUGUGAGAAUUUUGUGUAA